UUCUUACUAAACCUAACCAAACACAUACACUACAAAAUAGUAACAAAACAUGUCUUGAAUAGGAAUGAAAAACAAGUUAGGGACAAAAUAGUAAUUUGAAAUGCAAGAAACAAUCCCAAGAGUGAGAGAGAGAGAGAACAUCACUGGAGUUGCAGCUGAUUCAUUUCAAGCUUCCCUUUUAAACCGCCGUUUGUCAAUUCGUCGCACGUCUUUGUGACGAAAUUCGUCGCGUUUUCAUUCUCACGAAAAUCAUCAAUGCUUAUGAAUUAUCAUGAUACUUCACGCGAUUGAUUCAGUGUUAUAAUAUUACUAGCCACAUUAGUAGUAUAAUAUAGUUAUAAUUCUCAACGCGAUUCUUCAUUGUUUCAUUUUUAUUAAUUCUUCAUUUUUCUCUUUGUAAAUCCCCAAACUAAACCCUACAUUUUCUUCAUUCUUCAAUAAGUGAGAGAUACUAGAUAUUAUCUAUGGAAGGCGGUGAGAGAGUCGGAGACGAUAUGGAUCUCGUUCAUUCGGAAAAUGCUGCUGCUGUUGGUGCUGGUGGUGCUGUUGGUGGUUCUGUUUCUCAGGAUCAAGAAAUGGUUGAUCAAGGUGAUGCUGAUGCAGCAAAUGUCCAUUCUACCCCUGCUCCUCAGGCUAAAGUUAAGAAUGUGACUGAAAUGAAUAAUCAUAGUGUGAUAAAUAGUGCUAAUGAGAUGAGUGGUUAUGAUGAGACUGGUACUGCGAUGGAACGAGAGGCGUUUAUGAAAGAGCUUGAGAGUUUUUAUAGAUCGAGGUCGUUGGAGUUUAAGCCUCCUAAGUUUUAUGGAGUGCCAUUGAAUUGCCUCAAGUUAUGGAGAGCUGUUAUCAAACUGGGUGGCUAUGAAUUGGUAACUGGAUCGAAGUUGUGGCGGCAAGUAGGAGAGUCUUUCCACCCUCCUAAGACUUGCACUACAGUCUCAUGGACAUUUAGAAUCUUUUAUGAGAAGGCGCUUUUAGAGUAUGAAAAGCAUAAGAGAGAGACCGGGGAGCUGCAGCUCCCUGUUAGUACACUCCAUCAACCUUCAAGUGUGGAAAAAGAGACCACUGUUUAUCAGGCUCCAGGCUCAGGUAGGGCUCGGAGGGAUGCAGCAGCUCGUGCAAUGCAAGGUUGGCAUGCUCAGCGCCUUCUUGGAUACGGUGAGGUUGCUGAGUCAGCUGUUAAGGACAAGACCUUCAGUCCCACACCAAAACGUGAAAAGAACCUCAAAAGUAUCGGCGUGAUCAACAAACAGAGGACACCAUCUGGUAUGGACCAUGCUGACAAAGCUGCAAAUAUAGAAGGAGACAGGCAAUUGGUCACUGCAGUAGUGGACAUUGGACCUCCAGCUGACUGGGUCAAGAUCAAUGUGCGGGAAACGAAGGAUUGUUUUGAAGUGUAUGCACUGGUUCCUGGGCUCCUUCGCGAGGAGGUUCGGGUUCAAUCCGAUCCAGUUGGACGACUUGUUAUAACUGGUACGCCAGAACAUGUUGACAAUCCAUGGGGUAUCACCCCCUUCAAAAAGGUUGUGAACUUACCUGCAAGAAUUGAUCCACUUCAGACAUCUGCUAUUGUUAGUUUGCACGGUCGACUAUUUGUACGCGUUCCUUUUGAGCAGGGAGCUGUAUGAUUUUUAUUUUCCUCCCUUGAAUGGUUGGUUUGUCACAUAUUCUCAAAAUGAGUAAAAAUUUAUAAACAAUCAAGGCAUGGUUAUGGUAGGAUUAGCUCUGUUGAUUAGUUCAAACUAAUGUCCAACUUUACCGUCAAUAAUUUAUUUUCUCUACGGAAAAAUACCCAAAUGCACUGAGGAAUAAGCUUGAUUUUCAAA